AAGUGCGUCUGUCAGCUGUGCUCCUGUGGAUGUCAUCAUUGUCCACACCUGCCCUCCAGGCCCUAUGACAAAACUGAGAAGCCAUGCAUGCUGUCAGAGUACAAGGAGCAAUACCCCCUUCAUCCCAUCACUGCUCCUGAAGACUCGUUUAAGCCAAAAACAGUGUACAAGGUGGCAGACGUACACAUGGAAGGCACCUCAACUACAAAGAGAGAUUACAUAGCUCAUGAAGUGUCACAACUGAAACUUAAAUCACCUCGAAAGCAUGUCAGGAGUGAUGAGACUAUGGAUUGCACCACCACUUAUAAACAAGAUUAUAACUCCUACCCUAUCUCUCAAGUACCUCCAUGCCUCCCCUGUGAGAUGAAACACAUACCCAAUGUCAAGGUGAAUACAAGAACCACUUAUGAAGAUGACUAUGUGCUAUGGAAUGAACCAAAGACAGACCUGAUCAGACCUGACGACAGGUUUCGCCCAUCACAAGAAAAAUUUGACCACAGAACCAUUUUCCAGGAUGACUAUAUCUACAGGGGGCCAGUUGCCACUCUAAACUUCAAACCUCCAAAUCAAGUCCAGAAAACCAAGGCUUCUGAGUAUAUAACUAAUUAUAGAGUAAAUUAUGUGCCACAUCCUCCGGAGAAGCGUUAUGUCCAUAAAAAAGAGAAAUACAAGGCCAGUGAGGUCCCGUUUGAUGGCCUCACUACUCACAAAGUUUCUUACAAGGCGAUGGCUGGUCAGCCAGCCAAACUUGCAAAACCAUGCCAGUUGAAGUGUCUCAAUGAUAUUCCAUUUUCCUCUACAACUGAGUUUCAGGAAAAAUACCAAGCUUGGCCACAGGCUCCCAUAUUCACCAAAAAACCUGUUGCGUAUCUUCCUCCUCUUGAGAAAAUGGACCUUCAGACCACUACUAAGAUACAUUACAGAUACCCAAAUGGCAAGCCAGCCAAGAUGUGUCAAUCUGUGGCCCAGAUAACUAAAAGUACUGGGCCAUUCAAUAGCUCUUCUACAAUGAAAGAAGACUAUAAGCCAUGGCUGUGCAAGAGAUUAAAACCUAUCAUUCAUGCUCCUGAGAUGACUUUGUCAGCAAAGCCCAUGGAUUGCUUGACUACCUUUCAGACCCAUUAUGUGCCUCACCAGCCCACAGUUACGAAGAGCUAUAAACCUGCCUGGUCAGGCCCAAAGGAUCAAACUCCACUACAAGAUAGAACUAUCUACACUACCAGCUACACACCAAAAGCCUUUGUUAGAUGCUUAGCCUCUUACAAACACCCACCUGGUUACGUCUUUGAGGGAACUAAUGCUGAUGGUCACAGUCUCUAUCUACCUGCUUCCAAGAGUCGAGUGCCUGCAAGGCUGACACAGAAGGAAGAAGAGAGUGGAUGCAGUCAUCUUGGAUUCAAAGAGCAAGGCCCCAGUGAGCUACAAAUGAAAGCUUGA